AUGGUCUCGCCCAACUGCCAGUACAUCACCGACUUCACACCUUCCACUGUGGGUUUUUCUUUUAUUUAUUUAUUUUCUUUCUGUUUAUUCUUUUUUAUCCUUGCUCAGCGGUCUUAUAGUACCGCUAUCUUUCUUUCCUGUUUUCCAUUUUUUUGGAUUCAAAUAGCUAUUUUUAAACAGUAAGUCAGCUCCAUUGAUAAUGUUCUCUUAAAAAAUAUAUCUGGCUCUUUUGAAUGCAGAAACUUAGCUCUAUUGAUAAUUUCUUCUUGAAAAAUAUAUCUGGCUCUUUUGGAUGCAGAAAGUUAGCUCUACUGAUAUUUUUCUCUUAAAAAAAUGUAUCUGGCUCUUUUGGAUGCAGAAAGUUAGCUCUACUGAUAAUUUCUUCUUUAAAAAUCUCUGUGGCUCUUUUGAAUGCACAAAGUGAGCUCCACUGAUAAAAUUGAUGAUUUUUUGUUUUUCCUUCCGCUUUGUUGAUAGUCUUCCCUAAUAUUAUAUCUUAUCCUUGAAAUUCAAUCGGCAAUUUUCUGAUUUUUCUUUUUGAACACUUGUUUUCCAAUUUUUAAACCUUGAUCCGACCUGAAACGGUUUUCGCAGUCAGUCAAGUCAAGUACUUUUGCAAAACGAUUCCAAAGUAUAAUUAAAGUAUCAAACCAGACUCUGAUCCGACCUAAAACGGUUUCCGCCACUAACCAAGCCUCACCUGUCGUUUUUGCGCUAAAUGAACCGUUAAGCCGUAUUUUGUCUCAAACGGUCGGACUCGGAAUUAGCCUUGAUCGGACCGCUGAACGGCUUCCGCCACUUCACACAAAGCCUGUAAUUAGGGGGAUUUUGGAGAGGGGUGCCAAAACGCGCCCAUGUAAUCCGACACAAACCACGGCUCAUUAGUGUCGCCUCCUCUCUAAUUUACGAGCCGUUUUGAAGUGGCACUCGUUGUGGGUGGGCGGAGGCAGGAAGGCGAAGAAUAAUGACACAGAGGAGAGGGCGGCGCCAUUUGUCUUCGGCUCAUUUCUCAACCUCCUCCAGCUCCAGCUCGCACAGCCCCUUCUGACCAGAACCAUAUUUCUCAUUCUUCCGCUCCUCCAGCUUCUUUAUUGCUUUUAGUUGGAUGUUGCCAAGUUCCGAGCUUUUUUCGGCUUCAAGAAGAAAUUUUUGUCCUAGGUCAGACUUAAAAAUUAUUUUUGAGAGCCUAAAAUUGAGAUUUAUGUUGUUUCGGUAUGGCUAAAUCUUGGAAUAAGAACUCGAUUCUUCCAAUAUUUCCUUUUCUCAAAAUCUGGAAUUUCACCUUCAUUUUCUGAAUACAGGAAAUUAUCCUUCAUCGAACUUUAUUAUUUAUUUUUUUCCUAGACUGAAAAGAAAUCUAUGAAGACCUGUACCUUUUUCAAAUUCUUGACCUUUCCUUCGAUUCCUAUCAAUCUUUUUUUUAAACCAUACCCAUUUCGACAAUUUUUCAGAUGGAACCCGGAAAGAGCCCACUCGCCAUGCUCGCCAAGACCUGCGAAACGAUCGGUCUCCCUGACACGCCAUCCAAAAAAUCGCCAGAAGCCCGGAAAGACGAGAAGAAGGCCGAAACGGCCCCGAGCAAGUCCAGCAAGUCGCCCAGGAACACGCCGGCGUCCAAGGAGCCGACCCUGACCUACCCCGGACUUCCGAAGCCGGCCUUCCCGAUGGGCAUGCCCGCAAUGCCGUUCCCGUUCUACCCGUCGAUGAUGCCUUAUCCGAUGCCCUUCGGAGCCUUCCCGAUGCCCGGCGGUGCUCCUUUCGGACGGAUGCCGUGUCCGUUCGCGAUGAUGCGUCAGCCCUGCAUGACGCCCGGCUGUACGCAGUGCUUGCCGACGUCUGCGGCCGCCGCUGCCGCCGCCGCAGCCGCCGCUUCUGGCUGCACUCCGGAGAUGAUGGCGACCUUCGCCUCGCAUCCGCUCUUCUCCGCCUACGCCGCCAUGAUGCCCAGCGUUUCUGGGUUCGUUUUGAAUUUUCAACUAAGACCGGGUUUUUUGGCUUGAGAUUUUGAAGCCAUUAGGAUCGAUUAUAUUUCUUAAUAAUAUCUUCUUCGCUUUCAGAGCAUCAGCCAUGCCGUCGUACCAAUCUCUUCUGGCCGCUUCUGCAGCCGCCGCCGCCGCUUCUGCCUCGGCCGCCUCGACGUCGACCACCAACUCAGCCCCGUCGGCCACGACAUCGACUCCCGCCGCCUCGACGACUUCCGCCAGCACACCCGUUGCAGCCCCCAAGCACUCCUGCAACUGGAUGGAGGCCACCGGCAUGUGCGGCAAGAAGUUCAGCAGCGAGGAGGACCUGGCCAACCAUGUCAAGGUGAGGAUUUCGUCCGAUUCUGAAGAUUUUUUGGCUUGGCUAGGGAUUUGGAACGUUCUGUAUGAGCUUUUGAACGCUCAGAAAAUUGGAAAAUUAGUGUCAGUUUCUCUGGACCUCGGCUUUGAAUCAAGCCUUUUUCUCAGAAAAAAUCCUUAUCAUUUCCUAAAUAAAUGAUUUUUCAGUCGAUCCACACGCCAUCGCCGCCCAGCUCGGCCAACUCGGUGACGCCUGACCUGACCAAGACGCCGACGUCGUCAAGACCAACCACCUCGGCCGCCUACCGCUUCAAUCCCUACGCCAAGCCGACGACGUCUUCGGCGCCGACGAUGCCGUCGAUGCCGCCGAUGAUGCCUCCGAUGGGUCCGAUGAUGCCCUUCAAUGUGAACGCCCUCCAGGCCAUGUACACCCAGAGGCUCAUGUCCAGCAUGCCUCAUCCUUAA